CGGGGGACUCGGCUUGUUGUGUUGCUGCCUGAGACCCGGAGACGGUCCUGCUGCAGCUGCAGCUCUUCCAGCCCUCCCGACGAUGUCGUCCCAUCUAGUCGAGCCGCCGCCGACUCUGCCUAACAACAACAACAACAACUGCGAGGAAGGGGACCAGGCUUUGCCCCCGCCCGCCGGCCUCAAUAGUUCCUGGGUGGAGCUACCCAUGAACAGCAGCAAUGGCAAUGAUAAUGGCAAUGGGAAAAAUGGGGGGUUGGAGCACGUUCCUUCCUCAUCCUCCAUCCACAAUGGAGACAUGGAGAAGAUUCUUCUGGAUGCACAGCAUGAAUCAGGACAGAGUAGUUCAAGAGGCAGUUCUCACUGUGACAGCCCUUCCCCACAGGAAGAUGGGCAGAUCAUGUUUGAUGUGGACAUGCACACCAGCAGGGACCACAGCUCUCAGUCAGAAGAAGAAGUGGUGGAAGGAGAGAAAGAAGCUGAGGCUUUGAAGAAAAGAGCAGACUGGGUAUCGGACUGGUCCAGUAGACCUGAGAACGUGCCACCCAAGGAGUUUCACUUCAGGCACCCUAAACGUUCUGUGUCUUUAAGCAUGAGGAAAAGCGGAGCCAUGAAGAAAGGGGGCAUUUUCUCUGCAGAGUUUCUGAAGGUGUUCAUUCCUUCUCUCUUCCUUUCUCACGUGUUGGCUCUGGGACUAGGCAUCUACAUUGGAAAACGACUGAGCACACCUUCUGCCAGCACCUACUGAGGGAAGGAAAAGCCCCUGGAAAUGUGCGUGACCUGUGAAGUGGUGUAUUGUCACAGUAGUUUAUUUGAACUUGAGACCAUUUGUAAGCAUGACCCAGCCUACCACCCUAUUUUUACAUAUCCAAUUCCAGUAACUCUCAAAUCCAGUAUUUUAUUCAAACUCUGUUGAGGCAUUUUACUAAUCUUAUUCCCUUUUUGGCCUGUAGGACACUUCAGAAUUUCCUAACAGAGUUUACCAUUGUUUAGAAAUUUGCAAGGGCUUCUUUUCUGCAAAUGCCACCAGCAGAUUAUAAUUUUGUCAACAAUGCUAUUGUCUCCUAUUAGUCCCACCAUUCUUAGACCUGUAUCAUUCAUGGUAUAAAUUUUACUCUUACAACAUAACUAGCAUCUCUCUCUCAAAAGGAGAUCAGGUUAGCAAAUGAUAUAAAAGCUUUGUUGUUUACUUUUUGCGUUUUUUUUUUUUUUUUUUUCAAGACAAAGGCAAGCUUCCCUAAGCUUGAAUUUAUAGUUAUUAAAAAGAAAAUAAAAACAACAACAAAAAAAGCAAGACACAAGGAAAAAAAAUAUCCUGGGCAAUAAAAAAUUAUUUUCAACCAGCUUUAGAGCCACUUUUUUGUCUAAGCCUCCUAAUAGCGCCUUUUAAUUUGUAGGAGGCAGGCUGUAUAAAUGAUAGAUAUGAAACAGAACAAGAACUAACUUACAUCAGCAGAUUUUAAUACUAGUAUAUUGUAAUGCUGUCUUUUCUAUGGUGUAGAAUCUUUAUUUCUGAUAAGGAACGUCUCAGGCCUAGAAAUACAUGAAACUGCUUUUGAGGUUUUUGUGUGUGUGUUUGGUAUUUUUAUGUUUAUUAGCUGCAUGUGGAUUUUUCAUGACUUUCUUUAAAUUUUUUUUAUUCCUUCAUUUUUUUUUUUUCCUCUAAGCAGCAGCUUUGGAAUGAGUUCCAAUUUGUGGUGUUAAUACAGGCUUCUUGUUCUAGGAAGCAUCACUUAUACUCUGAAGCCUUUAAACUCUGAAGAUAAUUAUUUCGGAGUUAUUCCAACCACAUGUGCAACUUUGAAAGACAGACUUGGGUUGUGGGAACAGUUGACAAAAUUCUGAAAAGAUGCCGUUUGUUUCCUUCUCAUCUCUCGUUAUUAAUGUUUGCUGUACAGUCUUCCCAAGGCAAUCCCUGUGAUUCUGCAGGCGCUGUUAAUUUUCUCAUGUAGCUAUUUUUUCAGUUAUGUUAAACUCUUAAAAUUCCAGAAGACUCAACCAGUUCCUUCAAUGAUACACUUUUUUGUUUGUUUCUAAAAUGUGAAGCUUUAGGACCAAAUUGUUAGAAAGCAUCAGGAUUACCAAUUACUUUAAGAACAUUUUAUUGAAUUUCAGAACACAUAGCAAGACUCUGAAGGAUACUACUAUAUGUUUUAUAUAUAAAUAAUUACUGUUUAUGAUAUAGACAUUGCUAUUGAAUAUUUAGAGAACCAUUGUUAAUUUUAAAACUAGCAAUCUAUGAAGCACAUCAGGUUGACUUGAAUAAAAAACACUAUCACAGCCAGUUUGCAGAAACUAACUUCUUUCUCACAUCAAGGUUUGUAAAACAGAUGUGUUAUUGUGGAAAAUGACAUACAGAUUAAACAGAAUAAUUUCUAUCUUUUUUUCAAGAAUACAGCUGGCUAUCUUUCAGUAAGAUGAUAUGUCCAAUGUAGUUUUCUGAAUUAUUUUCUUUUUCUUCCUGGCAUUCGAUGUCUAAAUAAUUUUGGACAUUUUUUAUUAUGCUUUGUUUCUGUCUUACUCUUAAAUCUCGUAACACUUGAUUUGCCUUCUGUAACCUAUUUAUUUCAAAUGUUCAUAUUUGAAUUUCUUUGGGAAGAGAGUAAUUCUGAUGGCCCACUGAUUUUGAAAAGCCUGAAUAAGAUUGGAAAGGCUGGUAAAGUUAAGAGAACUAAAUAAAUAGCCAAGCUGCUACACUAUACAAUUUGUAUUACAAUUGAGAUCAUGGGAGGGAAAAGUAAAAUUAUACUUUAAAUAAGGGUGACUUUUUACAGGCAGCACAUUGCCCUCUUUCCAAAUUCAGUAGCAGUUCUGUCAGUAGUGUAAUUGAACUUGGAUAUGUUUUUCAACAUUGAAAAUAAAUUUAGUUUUUCCCUUUUUCUUAAAGUAUCUGUGAAAUUAUGGAAUAUUACUUAAAACACAAAUACAUCAUCACAGUAGAACUUGUCAUAAGAUGAGAUCAUGCAGUAUUUAUUGAUAGAGCCCUAACAUAUGGAAUGAAUUUUUAUGCUCCUGCUCAGGUUGAUGUUGAACAGAAACAUUGUAUGAUUGGAAAGGAGAAUUCAGCAAUUAACAGUUGAAAUUUUAAGAUUCAUAAAGCUUUACACCUGUUUACAAUUUGGGGAUGAAAACGCAGGCUUUGUUUUUCUGUUUGAUGAAAACUGGCUUAACAUAUUUGUACAAAAUCAAGAGCAAAACUGCACAAACUUGCAUACUGAAAAGUGCAACACAUUACCUGGAUUGCAGUAAAAAUAUUGACUAUUCUAAAAAAUGAAAAUUGAAGACUUAGCCAGUUAGAUAAAUUUUUAAAUGAACCAGUUGAAAUUAUUGGAAUUAACUGAGCCGAGGUGAUUAUGCAUUCUUCAUCUAUUUAGUUAACACUUUGUAUCAUUAUAUACAGUUUACAAUACAUGUAUAACUUGUAGCUAUAAACAUUUUG